AUGAAUCUUCAGGAAAAGCUGUCAGGCCUGAAAGGUCUUGUCACACACUCCCACGGCAAGCGCCGCUAUAGAGGCGACCUCACGUUGGACAUGAUCAGCCCUCCUCUGGGCGACUUCCGCCACACCAUGCAUGUAGGCCGUGGAGGCGAUGUCUUUGGCGACACAUCUUUUCUCAGCAAUCACGGCGGAACGGGGAACGGGAACAACGUAGAAACUGAUUCUCUGUCCUCACCGGACAACAAGAUCGGAGCCUUCUUCUCCAGGACGCUUCGCCAAAUCAGGAGGGGGUCCGACAACAGACCCACAGGAGGACCAAAAGAUCUGUCGCCGCCACCACCUGCAGUCUCUCCAAUCAUCAAGAACGCUGUGUCCCUCCCCAGGCUGGAUGUGGAUAUGCCUAAUGGGUGUCCGACUACCAAAGUUCUCUUUCCUGGUUCCCAAAGCACGCCAGGGGAGAUGAAAAGCAAAUAUGGUGAGUAAAGCCACCUUUCUUUUGAGACUAUAUUUACAUCUCCAUGGAUCAAACCACUUUUUGUGGUUUACUCAGUCACAAACCGACCAGUAAUAAUCAGCAAACCAUUCCUGACUUGUAGAGAGUUUCUCAGCAUCUUUAAUGCAUCACCUUCAAGCCUUAAGCUCACUAACUUAAAACUCACUUCUAGAUACAGAUGACUGCUGCAUUAAGCAAAGUAGCUCAUGUCAAACUUCUGUAUGAUGCAAAAAAAUACAGGCUAAGUCAGAGAAUAGAGAGUCAGCGUAGUGAAGCAAUGCUAAAGCAAUGGAGCUAAAAAUAGAAUGAACCUAACUUUAUAUGGCAUCCAAAGUUUGUUUAUACUGUGUCCAAGCUGUUAAAGGUUAAUGUGGUUUUAAGUCAACGUACUCGACUGUUUCCACUCCUUUUCGUGACUGGACUUGUUUCAUUCGGUUUGGGUAAAUGGAGAGUAAAGGACCCGCUGUUUUUGUUAUAAACACUAUCCGUGUUUCUGGUUUGCUGAAAAAGCUGUGCUAUCUCCACUGAAAACAUGAUUACUGAACUUGAUAUCAUGUUGAACAGUCAUUCAAGGAUUAAGAAAAUUACCCAGCUAAAAUCCCCAAAUUACACCCAAGAUUAGGGGAGGAUGUUUCCUUCAAAUUAAAUGGCACAGUUGCGAAACAAAGUGCAAGCGAGGUCAAGUGAGUUGUAUACACUGAAGAGUACAGAGAAGAGCGAACCAUCUGUGGAGCUGCAGUUUAAUUGCCCAUUAUUUUUAUCCCGUAAUUUUAAACAGAUUCGCCCCAGAUGCCCAUAUGAAUCACCUUGGCUCUUAGUCAGCGGAGCUCCCACUGAUAACACGCAGACAUCCAGACGGAGCAGGCAGCAAGCCGACUGAGAGGCUGUUUGAAAUAACACGCCAAACACAUGCCAUGUACUGCCUGUGAAUAUGUGUCUGCGUGCGUGUUUGUUUGUUUUAACUAACUAACUGAGGCACUAACAAGGAAGUUUAUUUAAAGCUCACUCUUUCUCCCUGCAUCCAAUCUUAACACCAGGCCAACCUACCUUAUCUGUAGUACUGCCUCCCUGUAUAUAAUCUAACUUAAAGUUUUGGCAGUGACAUCAAGCUUCCCGUCCUAGUCUCUUUAAGAAGUCUUAGAUGCUGGACAAUUUUUAAAUAUGGUCUGAAAGGGAUCAAAGACUUUUAAAAUCCUGAUUACCUUCAGAUCAAGCAGAACACAUUUCAGUGCACAAAUCCAAAGGCUCUUUUUGACUCAGUAAAGUACUUUUUUAAUGUGGAUAGAAGAGUCUCUAAGAAAUCAGACCUUUCUCCAGUAUGAAAAGAACUUCAAACUCUCAGUUGUCUUUGGCUGACAUAGAGAGACUGUGCAGCUCUUUAACCUUUUAGGUGAUGAAGGCAGCAGUGUGUGGGUGCAGAUGUAGAGGGCAGAUGAUUCAGUGUCUGCAGAGCAGAACAACUCAGCACUUUACAAGAUAGGAUUUGUGAGCUAGUCGUUAUCACACAGGACGAUCAGAAAGGUUUACACUGCCCCCUGUUGGAUUUGUACCAUGAUUAAAGAGUCCUUGUGAUGUAAAUAAGACAUUUUUAUUUUUUAUUUAAACAGCCUCUCUAUUCAAAUUACAUCUAUGAAUAGCUUUGAAAAAAUAGCUUGAGAUUUGAAGUUGCCUGCUAAUAAUUUGGGAUUCAGUUGAACAAAUAUUUCAGUGUGAACUUCAUGUAUUAAUAUUUGGCACAUUUCUGCUCUCCAGGUCUGGACUCCGGUUUCGUCACUCUUCCUCGUCUCUCUCGCUCUGAGCGUCAGCAGCCCUCCAUCUCCCUCCCCAUUUCCUGCUCCUCCAACAUCCACCGCGGUUCCCUGACCGACCCCUCAGAUGCCAUCUUAUCCACCUGCUCCACCUCCAUUUUGACCAGUGACACUAAACCCACCACUGCCUACUCUGACUCCCUCCCCUCCCUCGCUUCAUUGGACACUUUCACCUUUGACCUCGGCCCCUCCCUCAUGAGCGAGGUGUUCAGUCUGAUCGACAGUCACCUGGAUGAUCCCAGUCACGUCUGGGAGGGAGAGGAGGUCGGGUCGGCGUGUGGGCUGACCAAUGAGGGAUCAGAGAUGGACUCAGCUACGAUUUCAUAUGUGGACUCGCUGCUGCGGGAGGACUGCGGCGGGAGGAAGAGCCCGCAUGAGACCCAGUGGGAGGAGGAGGAGGAGGGGAGUGUGAUGGAGGAGAACAGCGUUGGGCUCUCUGUUGAAGUUCCCGAUGUGGUGAUGGGGUCUCCUGAGCGGGUGAAGCUGGGGAUGAGGAUGGAGAGUGAGCGCUUCCAGAGUGCAACGGAUGUGCUGGCACGCCACUAUGGCGUCAGCCCCUUCAAAGGACAGAGCAGGAUGGUGGUUACUGAAUCAGAGAUGAUCAUCAGCCAGCCCAAGAGGAAUAUCUCCUACAACUACAUGGAUGAUGAGGAUGAAAUCAAAGUCUGA